GACACGGAGCAACUGCAGGUCGUUUUCACAGGAGUGAUACAGCUUUUUGUUUGGACAGAAGUCAUUGCAGAGUGAGAUGUAAACUCUUAUGGUUAACAUACGUGUUGGAGGUGGAUAACCUACGCCAGGAAAUUGUACACACAGGUCAUUUAGACUAAACCACACUUUAUUCCACCCUGUAAAAGUGAAAGUAAAAACUAACCAGACGAGUUAAGAUUUUCACGGGAGAAAAUGGCUUCAAAGUUUGAAGAGGAGCUUUGCUGUCCUGUGUGCUGUGACAUCUUCAAGGAUCCCGUCUUUUUGUCCUGCGCUCACAGUGUGUGUAAAGCCUGUCUGCAGCAGUUCUGGGAGAGCAAAGGAUCCAGAGAAUGUCCCUACUGCAGGAGAAAGUGCUCAAAAGCACACUAUCCUUCUAACAUGGCGUUGAGGAACCUGUGUGAGGUUUACUUACAGGAGAGAAGUCAAACUUCAGUAGGGACUGAGGUGCUCUGCAGUCUGCACAGUGAGAAACUCAAGCUCUUCUGUCUGGACGAUAACCAGCCUGUGUGUGUGGUGUGUCGAGACUCAAGAAAACACACCAACCACAAGUUCCAACCUUUAGAUGAGGCAGCAUCUGACCUUAAGGAGCAGCUGAGGAUUAAACUAGAAUCCUUACAGAAGAAGCUGAAGGUCUUUGAAGAAGCAAAACACUCCUGUGAUGAAACAGAGAAACACGUGAAGACUCAGGCCCAGCACACAGAGAAGCAGAUCAAGGAGGAGUUUGAGAAGCUUCACCAGUUUCUACGAGAUGAAGAGGCAGCCAGGAUGGCUGCACUGAGAGAGGAAGAGGAGCAGAAGAGUCAGAUGAUGAAGGAGAAGAUUGAGAAGAUGAGCAGAGAGAUCUCAUCUCUUUCAGACACAAUCAGAGCCAUAGAGGAGAAGAUAAAUGCUGAUGACAUCACAUUCUUGCAGAGCUACAAGAGCACAGUGGAAAGAGCCCAGUGCACACUGCAGGAUCCAGAGAGGGUUUCAGGAGCUCUGAUCAAUGUGGCCAAGCACCUGGACAACCUGAAGGUCAAUGUGGCCAAGCACCUGGGUAACCUGAAGAAAAUAAUCGCUCCUGUGACUCUGGAUCCCAACACUGCACACCCAGAUCUCAUCCUGUCGGAGGAUCUGACCAGUGUGAGAGUAGUUAAAAAUAACCCACAGAGAUUUGACAAGUAUGCCAGUGUCCUGGGCUCUGAGGGCUUUAACUCAGGGACUCACUGCUGGGAUGUGGAGGUUGGGGAGAGCCCAUUGUGGUGUAUGGGUGUGAUGACAGAGUCUGCCCGGAGGAAGGGAGACUUUGGCUCCAGGAGUGGACUGUGGUGUAUGGCAUGUAAUGAUGACGCAUAUAUAGCAUGUGCUCCACCUCAUCCCCCAACUCCCCUCACAGUGAAGCAGAAACUCCAGAGGAUCAGAGUGCAGCUGGACUGGGACAGAGGAAAGGUGUCAUUCUCUGACCCUGAUAAUAACACACACCUACACACUCUCAAACACACUUUCACUGAGAGAGUGUUUCCAUACUUCUUCACUAACUCCUCUCUAAGGAUUUUAUCAGUGAGUCCCCAGUAACAGCAGAGCAGCACUGAUGGAGCUGAUGGUGUCUCUGACUGGACUCUCAUAAGGCCAGUAGGUGUAGUUGUGAAGGUGUGCUGAAUGUAACACACUUAAACCAGAAGAUCAUUACGUAAUACACUGAGUAUACUAAUGAUGACCGUGGGUCAGAUUUGAACCUUGAAUGUGGUACGGAUGCAUUUGACAGAACAGAGUAAUGCUCUACCCUGAUUGGAUGCUGAAAGUAGAAGAGGGUGGGGCAGAGCAAGAUUGGAGCUGUACUUUGGCUCAUGUAACUUUAAUGUAAAUUUAAAGUAAUUAAAUUGAUUGAUUACUGAAGGUGAGAGAAUGCAUUCUAUGUAAGCCACUUAUUUCAAAACGUGUGGCAACAGACACAGAUUGUGUACUCUGGUGAUAUAGUGUGAUAUUGACACAAACAAUAAAAUGUCUGCAUGACUGAUAA